CUCUAGCGGAAGCGUUGCGAACAAGAAUGACAAGAAUCACCAAAAUGGCUCCAUGUUUGUGAACAACAAUCCAUUAUUCGAGCGUCAUAUGAGUGGCACAAUGCCAAAAAGAAGAAGAUCAGUUGCAAGUUUUGGCCGUGAUGAUGUAUCUGAUGCUAGUGGCACUUCCACCACCAAGCGUAGAAGAGUACCCCAACAAGAUCCAAAUGAUGUCUGCCAAGAGCUCUUUGACAUCAUCAGAAACUACAAGGAUGAAUCUGGACGAAUCAUCUGUGAGACAUUUAUCCGUGCUCCAAAUCGCAGGAAUGCUCCGGACUACCACGACGUCGUCAGUUCUCCGAUGGACUUCAUGCGGAUGCAGCAGAAGCUGAAGCUGCAGGAGUACACCGACGUCGAGCAGAUGACCAACGACAUCGAGCUCAUGCUCAGCAACGCCAAGUCAUACCACAAGGAAGAUACGCAGGAGUACGCUGAUGCCUGCGCGCUGUGGGAUCUGUACCUUGACUUCAAGAAGGACGUGACAGAAGCAGAUGAUGGGGACCUUGGGCAGGCCUAUGAGGAGGAAGGAUCGGAGAUGACCGACCCCGAGCGUCUCAGCUUCAAGGGCGAGCUGGAUGAGACGACGUGCAGCAGCGUAGCGUCGGGCGCGGCCGCGACGGACUUUGCCGGUGGCACAUCCCAUGGGCAGGAGAAGCAGAAGCUGUCGGUGCAGGAGAUUGACCAGCAGCUGGAGGAGCUGUUCUCGGCCGCCUACAACCUGCAGGACAGUGCCGGCCGUGAGGUCAGCAUCGUCUUCAGGAUCCUGCCAUCGCGCAGGGUGUAUCCGGAGUACUACGACAUCAUCGACAACCCGAUUGACCUGAAGACGAUCGGUCAGCGCGUGCAGGAGGGUCGCUACCGCAGCCUGGAGGAGAUCGAGAAGGACCUGCUGCAGAUGGUGAAGAACGCGAAGAUGUUCAACAAGCCCGGCUCUCAGAUCUACAAGGAUGCGAUGGUGAUAAAGAAGACAAUUGUGAGCAAGAAAGCAGAGCUGCAGGUUAGAUCGCACCUGUCCAAGUCGAGCGAACGAAUCAGGUCACGUCGUCACGGCAACAUAAGGGGCAUGUCGGCGGUCGCGGCGACGCUGCAGUAUCCGGAGGACGAGGAAGAUGCUGAGCAGGAUGAAGAUGAGGACCAAUGCGACGACAUGGACGACGACGACAACGACGAAGGACGGGAUGAGGAGAAUGAGCUGCUGCAGCUACAGCUGUACGAGGCAGUGCGUAACUACACGAACAUCAACAACGAGAUCCUCUCUGAGCCAUUCUACAAGCUGCCAUCGAAGAGGUUGUAUCCUGAUUACUACGAAGAGAUCAAGCACCCGGAGUGUCUGCACAACAUCCACCGCAAGAUCAAGAAGGGAGCGUUCGGCAGCGUGGAGGAGGUGAUGGACGAAAUCAACGUGGUGUUUGAGAACGCGAAGCAGUACAACGAGCCGGGCUCGGGCAUCUACCGUGUUGCGCUCAAGCUGCAGAAGAUGCUGGAGAAGAAGCGGCGAGACGUACUCGGCAAAGACGGAAAGCGCAAUGAGCCGGACACGUCGGAGGAUGAGACGGGGCUGCUGCUGGCGCCGAGUGAUGCGAGGAGGAAGGAGCGGCUCUCCAUCAGCAUACGGCUCGCCGAUCUCAAGGAGGAGCCGACCGAGGAAGAAGAAGAAGAGGAAUCUCAGCAUCCUCAUCAGCAGCAGCAGCAGCAGGGCGGCGGCAGCGGCGGCGGCGGCGGCGGGGUGGAGUGGCAGUCGGAGGACAUCAGCGCGCUCGUGAUUCCCGAGCAGGGCGGCCUGACGCGCUGCCCCGAGUGCGACUUCCGCAGCACCUACAAGUUUAACGUUACGCGGCACCUCCGCAAAGUGCACAAGCUGGGCGUGGUUCGACAGAGGGAGACCGAGAGCGAGGAGGACGGACACAAGAAGCGCGCCAAGCAGGCGAAGAGAGGCGCCGACGGUCCUCACAACCUCAAGAAGAAUCUCAAGGCUCUCUACAACACUGUCAUGGACUACCAGGAUGAUACGGGCCGGUAUCCGGUAGGAAUCUUCAUAGUGCUGCCAUCUAGGAAGGACUAUCCGGACUACUACCAGAUCAUCACAGAUCCCAUUGACAUGAAGAUGAUUGAAGCUAACAUCAACAGUGGCAAGUACGCGAUAGAGGCGGCGAUGGUGAGUCACUUCAAGCUGAUGUUCAGCAACGCGCGGCACUACAACGAGGAGGGAUCACAGGUGUACCGCGACGCCGACCUGCUCGAUCGCGUGCUCGCCGACAAGCUCAAGGAGCUGGGCAUCAACGCCGAGUCGCCGCGCGUCUCACGCAUGAACCGCAAAAUGAAGAUGAAAUCUGCGGCUGGAAUAACCGAUAAGAUCUUUGCAAUACUGGAGCACAUCAAGGAGUUCACGGAUGCGAAGGGGCGGGUUCUCUCCAGCAUCUUUUUCCGUCUGCCAAGCAAACAG